UCUCGCUUAGUGAUCGUCGGGAACUGUUGACACGAAACGGGAGAGAUGUCCACGAUUCACACGCAUCUCGACCAGAUCAGGUUGAUAUCAAAGUGAUAAAUCGUCCCAAACUUUUUCUGGCACUUGCUGCCGGCAGAUCUCGGGCUGUGCGCAUGUGCGAAGGUGUCCAGACUGACAAUGCUGGAGAGAUAGCGCGUUUGGAUUGAGAAACCCAGAGAAAAAGGACAGAGAAAAAACAAAAAGGAGGAAAAAAAGAUCCAAGAAAAAAUCCAAACAAACCCACGCCGAGAGACUGGCACCAUGAGGUCCAAAGGCAGGGCACGGAAACUGGCCACGAGUGAUGGUGACGAUGAGUUCGCCCUCUACCCAUCCGAGAUCUUAGACGAUGUAUGUGGCUCUGAUGGUGAUCCCGCAACUUCUUCGGCCCUGGCAGAGUACCCAGCGUCCCCUCUGCUCUCCGAGGAUGAGGCUUCACCCCAGCACCCCUUGUCAUUCCAACACCCGAGCAGCUUUUUACCCCAAGAAGAAGAUUUGACCAUUCCCCUGGAAUUUGAACUGCGAGAGUCAGCAGUUCCAGGCGGAGGCCUGGGCAUCUGGAGCCGCAGGAGGGUUAAUGUCGGAGACCGCUUUGGACCAUAUGAGGGAGAGCGCAUGCCUUGUCUCCGAGACCCCACUCAAGGCUGGGAGGUAGGAACAUGAUAAACGAUGAAGAGUUCUUGUGCAUAUUCUCAACGUGAUCCAAAAUGAUUGCCUUGCAGAGUUGGUACUAAAACAUCGACGUUUGACAGAAUUAGUGUUUCAAUAAGUGUACCGCAACCGUUAUAAUAUCAAGAAAACCGGCAUUUUUUAAUUACGGAGU